CCCACAAACGAACUUCUAUACGUUAACUUGAGAGAGAGGGAUGGCAAUGGUCAAGGCAAUCUUGAGUUUGGCCGUCUCCGUCGCCGUGCUCGUCGACUCGGCCACGGCCACGAGUUAUACUGUCGGCGGGUCCGGCCGGGGUUGGGAUUCGAGCACCGACCUCCAUGCAUGGGCUUCAUUACAAACAUUUUUGGUUGGAGAUGCUUUGAUUUUCAACUACCCUCCAAACCACGACGUUGUAGAAGUUAGCAAGACAGACUACGACGCCUGUAGGGGCAGCAACCCGCUCGAGAGCCAUACUGGUGGCAACACUGUGGUUCCUCUCACUUCUCCUAGUAACAGGUACUUCAUCUGUGGGACAAUGGGUCAUUGCAGCCACGGAAUGAAGGUUGAGAUUCACACACUUGCAGCUUCUGCACUGUCACCGGAAAACUCUCCACUGGCUUCUCCAUCGUCUAUGCCGCCGGUCACUCUCUCUUCGCGGUCGCCUGAAAGUGGAGCUCUAGCGCCAGUGACACUGUCACCAGCCCCAGCUCCAGCUCCUAUAGAUGCUCUUCAGUCUAAGAGUGGAACUUUUGCACCAAGGAGUUCACCAGCUCCUAUGGAAGAUGAUGCUCUUCAAUGUUCACCGUCGCCUGAAAUUGGAGAUCUCAUGCCAGUGACACUGUCACCAGCUCCAGCUCCUAUAGAUGCACCAAGGAGUUCACCAGCUCCUAUGGACGAUGAUGAUGCUCUUGAAUCUUCACCAACUCUUGGCAGUGGAGCUGUUCAGUCACCUCUGGGUAGCUCUGAUGGGUCAUUCCGAGUUGUUCCUUCUGCAAAAUCUCUUGAAAAUUCUGCUCCUCCCUCAUAUCCAGCUGCUAGAAUUGAUGCUUUGAUCCAAUGUUUGGUGGGAUUUGGUUUUACCAUGGUGAUGUUACACACUCUGUGAGCCUUCUUUGAGAGAGAGACAAGAUAGAAAAUACUAUCCUCAUGGCACUUUAUCAAGUGGUUUAGUGAUGAGUCAAUCUUGAUAUUUCAUA